UUUGUGCUUCAUUCUUCAGAAAGAAACCUGCAACCUUACCUUGAGAAGCAAGAGAACAGAGCAAUGGAGAAAAGAGAAGAUCUUGAGACAAUUUUACCCUACUUGCCGUUAAAGAUUCAAGAUUCGUCUCUGUCUUGGCCAUCACCACACUUGGUGGAGAUCUUAGAAGCUAUGACGAAAGGACCGAGUCAAAGCGGAGUUGUUUCGGGACAAAGUCUCUAUGAUUCCAUCUCUGACAUGAGACAAGCUCUCUCUUUGACUUCUUAUCUUUCUUCUUCAGCACUUCAAGGCUAUGCUCUCUUCUUCGACGAGAGAAUGUCGAAAGAAGAAUCAAGCAGAUGGUUUAACGAGGUUUUACCUGAAAUGGCUUGUCUUCUUCUGAGAUUCCCAUCUCUAUUGGAACUACACUAUCUAAAUUCAGACAAUCUCAUCAAUGGAACCAAAACCGGUCUUCGUGUCUUAGGCCCCAACAAAGCCGGUAUUGUGUUCCUCAGCCAGGAGCCUAAUCAACACGGGACAAAACGAGCAUCAAGAGAACAAGAUAAAAACAAGGUUCUUCUAGUCUUUAGCUUUUGGAGAAAAUCUACUGUCAGUCUCUGCCCUGUUGAGGUUCAUACUUCUGGUUUGAUCGAGGAUCAAAGCGUUGAAGCUCUUGAAGUUGACUUUGCCAACAAGAACUUAGGAGGUGGCGCUCUUCGCAAGGGAUGUGUCCAGGAAGAGAUUAGAUUUAUGAUCAAUCCAGAAUUGAUCGUUGGUAUGCUCUUCUUACCAACCAUGGAAGUCACUGAAGCCAUUGAAGUUGUUGGUGCAGAAAGAUUCUCUCAUUACACAGGAUAUUCAUCUUCAUUUCGGUUUUCCGGUGACUACAUUGAUACAAAGGAAACAGAUGUUUUCGGAAGGCGAAAAACGAGAAUCGUAGCCAUAGAUGCUCUGCGUCAUCCAGGAGUCUCCCAAUACAAACUUGAAUCCCUCCUCAGGGAGGCCAAUAAGGCUCUAUGUGGUUUUCUUCACGUUUGCAAGAAUCAGAGCAACGCGCAGUGCAUAUAUCAUGAAGAUGGAGUCGGUGUUGCUACAGGGAACUGGGGAUGCGGUGCUUAUGGUGGAGAUCCUGAGCUCAAGUCUCUUCUUCAGUGGCUUGCUGUUUCACAGGCAAAAAGACCUUUAAUGUCCUACUACACUUUUGGAUUUGAAGCACUCCAAAACCUAAAUCAGGUAACGGAACUAGUUGUAUCCAAAGGAUGGACUGUGGGAGAUCUAUGGAAGAAGCUGGUCAAGUAUUCGAACCAAAGAAAGCAAACAAUCUACCAAAAGAUAAUGACAAUCAAAUACAAAUUUGGUGCCGGAGCUGAAGUUGGUGCAGAAAUAGGAGAUGGAGGUGGAACCAGAUAUCCCGGCAUAUAUGGAGACAAAUGGGUUCCUCCUGCUUCUCCUUCCCCUCGGAAUGUCAACAAAUAUCCUCUGAUCACUCUCUGCGUCCAUCUUUGCGUACACUCGGGGAAAUUUAUAUUGCUUUCUCCGCAAGAACGGAUAACGAUGAGCCGAUUGGUAGAUAUUGUAGGGUGAAUGAUAAAAGAGGAAGUUUGCUACUUAUAUAGAUUUUAAUUUCUUUUAACUCUUUUUCCUACUCCACUCCUUUGUCUUUAUUUCCUUUUUUCACAAAAAUAAAUUAAUCCCUAUUUU